AUGAGCCUCCCGACAGGGGAGAAGCUGCUAGCGGAACGGGGCAUCCAGCUCCCUAAGGCACCAUCAAGGGCCCAGCGGGAGGCUGCCAUCGCCGCCGCUGCUGCUGUACCUGUUCCCGUGGCCGUGUCAGAGGGGGACGUGGCGACCCGGCAGGGGCCACUGUCCCAACCUGGAAAGAAGGACACUAGCGCGAGCGAGCCUGCUCUGGCAGAGAGCAGAGAGCAGGUCCCGUCUUCUGUCCCAAACAAGGGGACAUCUGCUCCAACCGUUCGGCAGGAGGAAUCAGAGGGUAACCUGUUGGUCAAUAACGACGAGGGGAACCUGUUGAUCAAUAACGACAAGGGGAACCUGUUGAUCAAUAACGACAAGGGGAACCUGUUGGUCAAUAACGACGAGGGGAACCUGUUGAUCAAUAACGACGAGGGGAACCUGUUGGUCAAUAACGACAAGGGGAACCUGUUGAUCAAUAACGACGAGGGGAACCUGUUGGUCAAUAACGACGAGGGGAACCUGUUGGUCAAUAACGACGAGGGGAACCUGUUGGUCAAUAACGACGAGGGGAACCUGUUGGUCAAUAACGACGAGGGGAACCUGUUGGUCAAUAACGACGAGGAGAACCUGUUGGUCAAUAAGGACGAAGAGAACCUGUUGGUCAAUAAGGACGAAGAGAACCUGUUGGUCAAUAAGGACGAAGAGAACCUGUUGAUCAAUAAGGACGAAGAGAACCUGUUGGUCAGUAAGGACGAAGAGAACCUGUUGGUCAAUAAGGACGAAAACCUGGAGCUGGCUGUACAGUAUGUUUGCUGCACAGCCCUCAGGGAUGCCUGCAAGGAGUUGCAGGAAGAUCUAGAGGAGAGUCUCAGUAACGAGGGGACGCGUCAAGAAGAUGAAAAAAUGUCCCUGGAGGAAGAGAAGGCAGAUGAGAAAUGGCUGGAGAAGACAGCGUUGAUUCUUUCCUCCAAUGCUAUAAGAGAAGCCUGCAGUAAGCUGUGUGGUGAGAUGGUACCGAGCUGCGACACCCUCUCAGGACAGAAUAUACAUCUCCCACAUGUGUCUAUCCGCGAUGCAGUAACAGGCUGUGAUGAGAAUGAGUUUGAUAGGGCCACCCAGCAGCCAUUACAUCAGGAGAAACCGAGCAUUGAGGAGGAGGCCUUGGAAAAUGGCAUCGAGCAGAAAGUGACUGCACGUGAAGAGAGGAUGGAGAACUUCCAUGAAGAGGAGAAGAACAACAUUGAGGAAAAGGAGCAGACACAGACCAAGACCAAGAAGGGGUGGAAAGCACGGGGUCAGAGGGCGGCCAGGAGGCUGGGAAGAGCCGUAAGCCGCCUGCUCACCUCGUGCUGUAGAAGCCGAGUGGACCCUUAAGCUUGAAGCUUAAUUUUAUAGAAGAGAUUGAUAUUUUUUGAUGACAAAUGUCUUAUAUAUGUAUAUUUUAUAUGCAUUUGUGAUUUGAGAGUUGAAGAGUAUAGUGUGAAUUCAUCAUGAUCCAAGUCGGAUGAAAUUUCAUGCUAAUAAUGUGUAAAAUUAGUAUGCAUGCUGUAUUUUGAUCUUGAUUGGGUACUGAGCAAGACCGCUCAGAUGUUGUAUUACCGCUGCCUUAACCCUUGUCCUGCGGAGCCCAACAAUUUUUGUUUUGCACAUACAGUACCAUCUAUAUAGAACUCUGUAUAGGUACGAUUUGGGUGUAUUUCUCUUGCAACGCAUUGCAACGCAUUGCACCGCGGCGAAAUACAACGAAUGCUUAAGUAAAAAAGUUGGGGGUUAAUCACAUUUUUUCAAAAUUAUUGAAAAAUAUUGUGUAAGGUAUGACAGCAGGGCACGGUUUAAACUUGGCAGGUCCAGUAAUUUCUGUGAUGUCUUGUCCGGAAGUGAGUUCCAGUGGAAGUGAUAUAUUGGAAUAAAAAG